AUGAUGAAAAGUGAUGGAAAUUGCCAGUUCCGUGCUUUGGCGGAUCAACUUUAUCAAAAUUCGGAUUGUCAUGAACUUGUUAGACAAGAAAUCGUAAAACAGAACAUGUCAUUGUCCACUAAUUCCCAAUGGGGCGAUGAAGUGACUUUGAGAGUGGCUGCUGAUGUGUAUCAAGUAAAAAUAAUACUCAUUACAUCAAUCAAACUUAUUCCAUUUAUGGAGUUUUUGCCCAAGUCUCAAAAGGAACCGGACAAAGUCAUUCAUAUGAGCUAUCUAGCUGGGAUCCAUUUCAACUCCAUCUACAAAAAAAAUAAAGAAAAAGGUUCACGUUCAUCUUCAUCAUCGAGUUCUGCAGUCUGGAUGAAGCUACAGAGGAAGAAGGAGAAUGAGGCGAAGAAAAAGGAGGAGGAGGAGAAGGAAAGGAAGGACAUGGAGAAGGAGGAGAAGAAAAAGGACAAGGAGGAUAAGAAGAAGGAUAAGGAGGAUAAGAAGAAAGCCAAGGUGCAGAAAGAGAAGAAGGAGAAGAAGGAGAAGAAGAACAGAAAUCACCACUUUCACUAUUCUGAAUGAUUUGUUUUGAUAAAUUAAGUGUAUCUGCAUUUGACAAGUUGUAUGUUAUUAUUGGGAUCAUUGUGGUUGUUUUGACUCUUUUAUGUUCUUUUCGAGCUUAUUCUAGUUUUGAGCC